AUGUUGGGUCAGGAGCCUGGAGGGUUACCGAGUAAUCCGAGCCUUCCAACUGACAUUUAUACGCGUCUGGACUCUGCUCUUAGCCAAGUUGAGAUCUUGCUGCGUCAAUUUCGUGUUCAGAACAAGCAGAGGUACGUUGUGCUGGCUGCCCACUGUGCGCCCACGUUAUCAUCCUGUGUCGACUGUAAUCCUACUACUUGUGGAGCAACCUUACGUGUGUGCAUUUGUUUGUACGCCACAUCAUGGUCCCACAACUGGCUGUGCUGCAGGUGUACUGGGCCGAAACGGGAGCCAGGUUGGCUCGCGGCACGCGUUUACCAGACAGUGCGGACUUCGCACAGUCCCGUGGCUACUGCUGUAAAUGCGCGCGGCCCACCGAAGACGUGGACCUUCACGUCAUACCGCGCAGAUGCUGUUAAAGGCUGCUAUAAUUAUGAACUAAUUCACGCGAAUGGUACUAGUCCUACGGACGCUCUGUGGAACACUGGGUUGAAGCCGUCGCUUACGGGGGCCAAACUAUCAUAUGGUAGACACACCUGCAGUCAUCCGUCAAUCCUUGCGGAAACACAUAACAAAGAACAGUUCGCAAAGGCCUUGUGGGUUUAAGUCAGAUAUUUCAUCUAUUCGCAUUCCAGGGAUAAUAAUCGUAGGGUGGUACCGUAAAAUAGGUUAAACUGAAGUUCUGGCAAAAUGCCCUUGUAGAGAAUAAGGAAGUCACUUUUGCGUCAAAAAUUGUGACGCAGUACGUUUUAGAUCUAUGCUCCCUUCCUAAUAAUUGAUGCUAUUUAUAAAUUAGGAGUCAGACCUCAGCUGCCACUGUAAAAGAAGAUUUUGUGAGCUUCACUAGCCUCAGGGGCUCCAACUCACUGUCGGUGUGUCAUGUGGUCUGAAUCAGCAGUGUAUGCCGAUCAUCCCAAACGGUUAGUUAAACGAUUCUACUGUGCAUAAGGGAAAGUAGGUCUUUGUGAAAACUCGAAAUGACACGGGGAGCCAGUUAUUUCAGUCCCGAAGGCGUUUAUUCAUAAUGGACGACUCCCCCUCGAUGAUUGAAAAUGCUCCACCCCUUCGUCCGUACAGUACCGCAAUAUACGCUGAAAGGAAUAUCCACAAAGACAAAGGGAACUUGAAUGGGCAUUUCCGGUUUGUUAGCCGUCACCAGUAAGUCAUACCUAAUCCCAGCCUUAAGACAAAACCGAAAUGGCAUGUCCGCUAACCCGAAAGGUGAACGUAAUGUAAUUAAUAUUCCCGAUCGCAAUCGGCCCUGUGUCUCAAUGGUAGUGUUCGACGCAAUGACCAAAGAUCCGGGCUUAAAACCCCAGGUACUCCAGAAACCGAGGUUGGGCCUGCCUGGCUGUUGACAAGUUGCAUGCCCGAAACUGCCAUUACAGUCCCCCUUGUUGAAGAAGGAGACACGAUCGCCGGGACAAGAGCUUUAUUAGCCUGACGUUUCGGAUUCCUACUCGAAUCCAUAAUCAGAGACAAAAAAAACAGAAACGGGUGGUUGUUGCAAAAGGGGCCGCGGUAUUUAUAGGAUGCAGUAGCCAUGCUACCGUUACCUAUGAACUUUUACGGCUCCCCCCUUCAUCCGAGAUCGUCGCACGUGGUGUGAUCACUGCUUGAUGACCGACAUUCGAGUCGAUAAUUACCGCAAUUUCAUCACGUGCGUUGGAUGUUGGCGUGAUGAUUGCUCGGCCAUCUGACGCACCGACCCCGGUGUUGGGAAAAGUGUUCACCUCUGCGCUCCCCGCAUGGCUUGUUACUCCGCCUAGUCGAAAUUUUAGCACGCAGUAUGGAGUGGGAAGAUCGUUGCACUUGUUGAUGGACUGGGGGCCAGUAAACCAUAAUUCCAGUAGCUCCCGGCUCACGCGGUUGUCACCUCUUGCGAGAAUUUCGGCCUCAUCGAAUUGGAAUGUGUGGCCGGAUCUCGUCGAAUGAGCCGAAUGAGUCGAAUGGCGUCAUUUCUGCGCACCGCUGCCGCGUGUUCGGCCAUUAUCGUUCGGAGCUGUCUUCCGGUUUCUCCGACGUAGUUGCUUUGUCCGCAACUGCACCAGAUCCGAUAAACGACUCCAGACGUUUCUAGCCGUGGCAGUGGGUCUUUCGGUUUCAUGACCAGACGCCUGAUGGUUGCCUCCGGUCUGUGUGCCACUCCAACCCCAAGUGGUGCGAGAAGGCCGCCGACAGCUUCCGAAACGUUCUUGACAUGCGGAAGUGCCCGCCAAGAUUUGGUGUCCGUGCGGUUAGGCCUCUCGUCCCUUUUGCGUAUGCAGUGGUUGACGAAGUUGCGCGGGUAGCCAUUGGCUUUGAAGACCCGUCGGAGGUAUUGUAGUUCGGCAAUUUUGUCUCCUUGUCUUUGUUGGGACUCCUUACAGCAUAUAAUCCUUUUUGCUAUGCGACCAUCAUCAAUUCCAACACAAUACAGCGAAAUCCUUAUCUCUAAAUUUACCCAGAAAGUGGGGCGUGCAAUCUAUGAUAAAUGCUAGAGGGACGCUCACUGAUCGUUUUAUGGAACUUGCUCGUCCCGUUCUGCCUUACAGGCUCUCCCUCGAGCCCAACCAGCAGCCGCACAGUGGCGCAUUAUAUAGGCAGUAUGUUAUUACCGACUGGAAUGGCCAUUUCUGGCUUAUUAGCCGUCGGCCAUACCCAACCCCGAAGUGUGGAACACCCGAGGCUCGAUCCCGCGACUUGUUAGUUAGAAGUCCAACGUCUCUAAGCACUGGGCAAUGAGCCCGUUGCCCUGUCGGUUUUCGAUCGGGAAUAUACAAUGGUAGAGGGCGCUCAUCGAUCGUUCUUACGGAACUCACUCGUUCCGUUGGACUUCCAACUAACAGGUCGCGGGAUCGAACACCAGGUGUUUCGCACUUCGGACUUCGGUAUGGCUGGCCGAGGACAGCUAACAAGCCAGAAACGGCCAUUCCAGUCUCCCUUGUCUUUUUUGGAUAUUGCUGCCCCAAUCUGCGAUCAAUCCGUGCAUUUUUCUGCAUAAAAUGAAGACUAGACCGGUUAUGAGAGAAGAUGCGUUGUGUUCAGUCAAGCUGUAGACUUUUAGUGCAACGUGUUAUGUCUCUUGUUUCUUAUGGACAUAAUAAACGCUUAAACCUCCCAGGUGAAGUUAAAUUUUUUUAAGAAAUUGGCAGCCGGACCAAGCGCUGUGGGACUGGGGAAAUUUUAUGACGGUGGACGCAGGCCUUUCGUUCAGUGUAGAUGCCGAACUAAUUUGAGCCUCGUUAAUUGCUUUCAUGCAUCUGAAAACCUAAGCAUAUUUUCUCAACUUCACACAGUUCAUUUCUCUUUUCGUGUUUCAGUCCAACCAUUUGCCUACCUGUACGAUGAAGCAAAUGGCAUCACAAAAGAAUUGGUACACUGUUUGCAGAUAACUGUCCAAAAUCAGUGUUCCAGCCCACCACAGUGAUUAUGAUCUUGAUCGUAUAUUAGUCCGAAAUAGGCCUGCAAAUGUAAUUUCGUAGAAGUAACUCCGCGUGAAAUGCCCAUUAAAAUUAAAACAACUCAACAGAUUGUUACUGUGAUCCCAAAGCAAGUACUAUUUAACAGCCAAUGAACAGGCUGUUGAUUUUUAAAUCACACCUGCUGAAGGCUGGUUCUGGGUUUGACAAGCCCUUUCAUUAUGCUGUCUAAUAUGUGGUGCUCGAGAGAACAGGCCGAUAGAAGGCAACAUUUAACAAGCCCCGACGUGUUCGGGUCAGCUUAUUUUAGUCGAAAAUUGUCUCAUUUAGUAAUGUCUCCGUAGAAUAUCUGUCCCCAGCGAAUGAAAGAACUACAGCAUCUCAUUGGCUAAUCCAUUGUUGUCGUUUCGGUUAGGCUCGGUAAUAUUGCCCCGCCCCCCGAGUGGUGGCUUUACGCCGAAAUCGAGGAGUUUAGGUUUAAUGUCAGGGUUAGAAGGGUAAGGACUAGAGUCGAGGUUAUUGGACUUAGUGUAAGGGCCGAAAAUAGGUAACCACUGGAAUUUAGCGCAAGGUCACUGGGAGGUUCAUAUGUUCGUGACCAGCCACCAUUUCUAAAGUCUUAAAGUAUAAUGGUAAGGUCAUUCUGACAUUAGGAAGUUGACUACUCACGUCUGAGGUCGAAGCUUUGGCAGACAGCAGACGAAACAGGAGUCUGGGCUUUCAUUCAGUGGCCGUAAUGGGGAUAUAGGGUAGGCACAUACUACCACAUACUACGGACUGUAUAUGCACAGAAUGUGAAUAUUGCUCGGUUAUUUCUUGGUGUUAAUCAAUUUCCGCCUAAGUGCUUUUUAAACGCUGGGAUUUACUACAAAUUCACGUAUCAGUUUUUAAAAAAUGAUGAAAGCUUAUCAAAGUGUCUCGUGUCUGAAAGCGUGCAUUUUCAAGUGGUAUACAAUCGUGAUCCGCUGUCCCUGAGUUAUGCACUUGAAACGCAGUUCAUGCUACUGUCUUCCUAUGUCUGGUUAUUUAUUUCUCCGAGUUAAUCAGUUGUUCUCGACAGGAGCUUGCAAGUUCUCGGCAUUCCAACGGAUGACUGCGUUCGACAACAACAUAUGAGACGUUUGCUACGACAAGCGGAAACCGCUGCAUUCAAAAAUUCUACUUCUUUGCAUUCGGUACUCAGAAGUGCCUUUGAUACCAACGAAUUAUUCAAAAAUUGCCUUCACAGUCAUAAAGGUUACCCGCAUUCUUUCGAAAAUAAGACACCAAACGGAGGCCUACCCUGAGGCAAAAACCUUCAUUUGUUUGCCCUAAUUUAAAUGUCAGGACUUUGUUUAAAAUCUCCCAUCAACCGAUUAAGAGAAAGGGAAUAAGAAAUUGGCUACUCUGGACUAACUUCAAAUGCCCCUGCGGCAAGUCGACUCUAUAACGGGAGCCACGGUCGGACCUACGUUAUUUUGAAUGUUAAGCUGCCUGCAUUUGAAAUAACCACCGAUAUGAUCUGCUACAUAAUUGGUCCACUGUCCCCGUAUAGUUGUCCAAUUUCGGUGAAAAAUUGCUUUAUUCGGACAGACAGGCGGCCGGCUUUUAUGCGGAUUCAUGUUCCUCAUGCACUCGUGAACGCAUUUCUGUUUGUUUCGAGCAGAUAUUUGGUUGCCUAGCAAGCAUCGAGCUCAUAAAGGCGUCUUCUUUGUUCGAAUUCUACAAGAGUGCUCGUCGGUCGUUCCAUAUCUGAACAUGAAAACGCCAAAGACACAUGUACGCUUAUAUAAAUUGUUCAUACUCAGAAGGCAUGAGAGGCUGCGAGGAGACGUUCCGUCAAGGCGGAAAGGCUAAGUAGUACGGUGGGAGGAUGAGUGUGGAAUCGAAUUUCAUUCGUUCAUGCAAGACAAAUUCUUACCACGUUGGCAUAAAGUUUUCUAUUGAUUUUUGUGACGUAUGGUUGGCAAAAUCCAUUUUUCACAUCCAUUUUGUAGAGAAUGACGUCCUCUUUUAAUCUUAUAUACAGAAAUCUGCAUUUGUGGGAAAACAAUUUGAUUUUAUAUAUAUCUGAUUCGACGAGCUACGGAAUUCCACUUUCUGUAGAAAAACGAUAAAGGCAAGGGGCGAUUGAAACGAGGUUUGACGCUGGCUGUAUUAUGGGCUCUCAGCGGGUUGGACACUGUGGCUUGCCAUAAAGUCGCACGUAAUCGUCAGAUAUUUGUGGGAUUGGAUUCUAUGCGAGCUUUAUCAUUCUUUUGUUAGCUAGCAUGUUUCAUCUAAUUCACGUCUGGACUUUUAACGGAAAUUUAAAAGUCACUAUAGGGUAACAAUCGGGAGACGGCACCCAAAAAAUCCAUUACCUAGAAAGAAUACCUUUACCAGUGGACUCAUACACCUUCAGGCUAUAUCAGAGGUUGCAGGCCUACUUUCACGCACUAGGACUUUCCCCGGCGGCCUAACAUGGGCUGGCCGAACGAACAUCGCAGGAGGUUACAUGGACGAUGGUCGCUGUUACCCAACCUUCCCCAUCGUUACACACGUACACCUGAAUAUACGGCAAACAUUCGCAUCAUGGCAGUUUAUUACACAAUAAAAUCACUUUUAAAUAGGAUAAGUCUGCGCAACAUGGAACAGGAACAGUUCCCAGGCAUCUGUCAAAGACAUGGCAUUGAGGCCAAACCAAAGACGAUACUGUACUUCGUCUAUGGGAGCCCACACAGCUCAACCACAUGCAGGGCCUGCCUCGAGGAGUUUCAUUUUCAGUCUACUCCAGUAUGCCUCAAUGGCAUUGGUGUGCCGUCCGGUGGUAGGGUCCUUGAAGUUCUUUGAGUGGUUAACAGAGCAAUGUAGAUAAGCUUCUGAGGGAAGACGAUUAUACGCCUUCCACUCGUCCGCUACCACUAAACUGCCUUUGGCGACCCAUUUUGUAAUAACGGAACGGAGAGCGGGCCAACUUCGAUCAUUCACCUGUUCAAAUAAGGCAUUCCGUCGGCUAGUAUCGUACAUCCCGACGAGCCACCACCCAUAAAAACCCUAUUACCACCUAUCCCGUAAGACAGGCUGCUUUGGUUAGGCGGAUUUUUUUGGGUGCCAUCUGCCGAUUGUUACCCACUAUAGUCUCAUAACGGUCUUAUGCCUAUUUGUACAUCAAACAUAUUCUAAAGCCUAAAUUGUUCCCUGUGAAAUCUACUUAACUCUAUGCCAGCGUAUAGCUACUGCCUUUUCUGUACGACAUUUCUGAGGCAUACUGCGAGACAAAGAAUGCAGUUAUUUGACGAACGGCACGAUUUGUUGACGUCAAAGAUUUUUACGACGGCAUCUCGACCGUCAUCUGCCGCUACAGAGCAUGAAUGGCUAAUUAGGGCGGCACGGAGAACUUAGAUACCGUCAUUAAUGGCGUCCGACGCAUUCGUUCAGACAUAGAGUUUGAAUUAUUUCAGUGCUGAUCAGUGUUCGGUACUGAGAAGGCGGUCGCUUAACCUUUUUAACUAACAAGCUGCUCUCAGUAUUUAAGGAUAGAGUUCUAAAAUAAACGCAUGCUUUUUGUCUCCCUGCGCUCACCCGCUUCUUAUGCCGCUCCUGUUUUUAGCUUUCUAGCGAAAAAGGAGGAACAACAGUUGCGGCUUCUUCAGACAGCCCUGCGGAAGUUGACCGCCCCCUUUAAUGAGGUCAAACCCUCUAAGGCGCCCUCAGCCGCGGUCGAGCCGUCAGCGGUGACGCCGCGUACAAGACGACUGAGCGGCCAGCCCUCCGGUCUCUCCAACCCCUGUCCCAUUCACGCUCGUCAGACAUCUUGUCCAGAGGACAUCAUCAGCGACCAGGAGCAGACCUCGGAGCUUUCAGGCAACUCAAUAUGCGCCCUUCACGGCCGCCAGAAAUCCCAUCAUUCAGCAACGACAACAACAACUGCCAUACCUCAAACUUCUUUACACCUGACCUCUGUCAGCAGGACCGGUCCGAAGUUCAGUGCAUCUACGCGGGCGACAGAGGUAGGUUGGGUGGAAGACCGCAGUCCUUCGACUGCCCUUGUUCGUUGCUACAGUCUGGUGGGGGAGGAAUGUCGGGAUGGGUUUCAGUUUUGUGGCGGGAUUGUCGGAGGUACUUUCCAAAAGCUGGAAAGCAACUUUACUUGAACACGGGCAUAAGCACCCCCACCCAUAUUUCCGUGUCACAGAACCAACUCUAACUCUCUGAAGCUUAACCUUAGCACUAAUUUCCCCUGACAGUUAGCACAAGGCCACCUAUAAUACCGGAGAGGUCCAUAUUCCCAUGUCCUACCAUAACCUUUGUGUGCGACUGUGAACGACCGGUGAUGUUGAUGGAAGAACCCAUAGGGUAAUGAAGGGCCGAUAACUCCCGGGGUAGCAUACACUGAGCAGAGUUAUUAGGCAUUCCAUCGCAGUCACCCGGACGAACAAGACGGAACAGGGCCUAGACUGAUUCCGAAGGUGUGCUAAUAACGGCAAUGAGUUUAAUAGACAGGAAAACAGUCAAUGUGUGAAAAGGGAGGAGUUAUAUCAGGGGAAUGAUCCACUUAUAUAAGAAGGGACACCAUCGUGACAAUAUAACAACCGGUAUGGAACGCAGAGCUGUGGGAAACUGCAGAGGGAAGGCUAAGGGAGUACACACGUAAAGGAGGAGAGAGACGAGUUGCGGCGAAUGUUGUGCGAGGAGAGCAGGAAGUUGUGAGCGAUGAGGCAUCGGCUAUCUCCACUGACACGCGGUGGCACCAUCUUCAUCCGGAUCCGCGCAAAAAAUGCCUUUAAUCCGUUCAAACAACUCGGUUCAACUUGUGGUCUUUUAAAAUGCACCUUAACUUUCUCCUAGCCCAGAUAUUUUGAACCAUUCAUAGUUCUAGACUCCCGUGGCUGGUAAUAAAACCGACAGCAAAGUUGGCGACCUGUUUUCCUAACCUUCAACCGGAGGGGAACUAAUAUCUGAGCACGUGUACCCAGAAAAGGUCCACAAGGUAGAGCAUGACUCACUUAAGAUGGGCUCGCCCUUCUUUAACAAUGAGGCCAUUGUUCAGCAUUGUCGAAUUGUGGGCGUGGUGCAAAUGUUUAAAUAUUAAGGCCCGGACACAACACAGUGAAGAAUUCGUAAAAUCCGCUUCAUCUGCAUCUUAUUGGAAAAAUAGACAAAGACACCGUAUGCGAUCUCACUCAAAGAACAAGAACCAGAUCAUCGUGGCGUACUGCGUCUUCACCCUGUAACUAGAUGGAGUGCAAUCAACUUCUUAUCUGCAAAGAAAUUGAAAGAACUGCGAAAAACGCUCAACUACUGUUCGCACUGUGAGAUGUCUCGAUAUCCCCAUUGUUCCUCGGAGAUCGAGUUCCUGAUAAGUGUGCUUUUUCGCAAGUAGCUGUAAAAAAAUUUAGCGCGAGGACGCAAUAUGCCAUCUUAACAUUUAUCUGAAUGUUUACUUGCCAUCGCGCUCUCCUUUUCGCCGUUAGCUUCACCCAUAAACUCGUAUUACACGAUGACCAGGUCUUUGUUCCCUAAACGAGGGUGCAUGCGGCGUGCUUGCCGAAAAGUAUUGUACAAUUGGCCCCGGUACUUGCGAAACCUAAAGAAACGUCUUUCAGAAUGCGCUCAGUCGAAAAGGAUAACAUCGACUUAAGAUUUUGCUAAUAGAAGCGAAGAGACAAGUACCAGGAAGUAGUCGCGGAGAAGGAGACACGGUCGUUGGAACAAGUGCCUUGUUAGCCUGGCUUUUCGGAUUCUCCCUCGAGUCCAACAUCAGAGCCAGACUCAGAAAGGGGGUAGUGAAUUUCCCAGGAAUUGAAAUAUUUAAAGGAUGUAGUUGCUAGGCCGCAACAUGCUCACCACAGUUGGCAGCUCUCGAGUGCAUUACAGCUCGACUGGCCAAAUGUUGAAGUAUGCCGUUGCCAUGCAGUUGCUAUACGCCUGUAUGCCAGAAAUGCUCUAAAGAUGACGAACGAAGUGAAGUAGCCCUCUUCCUGACUCAUCAUCUGGACCCAACCGACGCCCCAGCUCACAGUCGCUCUGCUGAAACUUAUCACUUUGUUCCGCAUGGUUUCUUAAUGCUUGAACUCUCGUUGCGAUGCGGCAGCUUGGGUGGACCCCGCAUCCACAGCCAGAAGGCAAAGUGGUAAUACGGUUUUUUGUACAGCACCGUGAAUUCCCAUACUCGUCUGAAUUCAGAUUAUUUUGUAUUUCUCAUGCACAACUUCGACCGGUAUCGGCGAAAACUAGGUCACUGAGGUUUUUCAUAGCAUUCGUCUGGAAAUUAUUACUUAGUAUAACUUCGGAUCCCAAGUAACUAGAGGUUCCUUCUUUAUGGUCAGUUUGCUGAAAUGUUGCCAGCUGUGGAAGCUCUCUGUUAGGUGUUCUUCUGUAAAGUCUGUCUCAACAAUUAAAUCGUUAUUUGAUAUCACAGGCACGCGAUUGCCCUGAUGCCUCAGGACUGGAUAUCUCGUGCAGAGAAUAUUCCACCAAACGCCGCAGCCCAAGACCUCGAAAUCCCACCCCGGGUGGAGAAGAGAACAUCCAAGUCUAUAACAGCAGUAGUGGCGGGCCGGUCAAACUACCUCAGAAUUCAACAAGGAGUUUCGCCCCCCAGAUGAAUCCGUACACUUCGUCUGCUCCGCUCCGGAAGAGGCAAGAUGAGGGUUCCUGGAAGACUAGUCAAAAUGCCUUUGAGGCCUCUGGUUUGUCCAUAUUUUAAUGAAAUUUCAAUUUUUUAAGUGAAUGCAGACGCCCUUCUCAUAGGCCACGCACAGAAAAACACAAUCCGCUUUGUAUCAUAUCAGCCAUUUUUUUAUUUCCGCACUGUGUAUGAUGGUUACGUAAAGGUCUUAAAAGUAGCAGACCGUAAGUAUCUAUAACUGUGUUGUAGUUAGUCUAGAACGUGAUAGGUACUGAGAUUUCUGCCAUAAACUGAGUGCGGGUGCGUUUAAUGGUCCUGCACAAUCCCUCACUUUUAAAUCACUUUACAGAAAAUUUAGUCCAUUGCAUUCUAGAAUAUGAUGCCGUUCUCUAACCUGCCUAACAUCGAUGUUUGGGUUUGCGUUUUGUGUCAUAUGCCGAACAAAAUUGAUUGCAGCAUAUUUUUCAUUAACAUUAUAAUUUUUAUACCACUUUACUAAAAGUAGUCCACAAAAUACUGCACUUUUUGACCGGUUUUUGUCAUUGACUUAGACAUAUUUGCAUAGUUUUUCUCCUAUUUUUUUCUGUAAAACCAACUACAUAAAGGUUUACACGGGGUUUGCAGGUCACAGGUUUUGUGACCAUUGAACACAGCAAGACAUAAAAUGAGAUAUGCAUUAACGACCAAUUUUAGAAACUAUUUAGCCCUUUUCUGAGGAAAUUUCAAGUGCUUAAAAGGAAAAUUAGAGCUUUUAUUAGACGAUAAGACCAAAAGGCGCAACUUAAAAAAAUGGUAAUUGUUGUGUCCCCGCCAGGAUUGCUAUGAAGCUUUAAUGGUUUGAUGUUAUCAAGUUUCUUGUCAGUGAUCGACUGUUUUUGGCAUGUCGUUUCGUCAAAUGCGAAACAAAAGUACAGUAUGAAGACCCUCAUUCCCUGAACUCACCAAAGAAUGCUGCCUACACAGAGCUUGGUUCGCAUAAAAAGAAACAGAGACACUGCCACAUUCUCUGGAAAGCUACGUUUAUUUACUGAACUGAAAGUCCUUAUCCAUUGACACUUGCACGAACCGUAAAAGACUAAGGUCUUCCAUGAAAAAAACAUCUUAACGAUAGCGAGCGCAUAUUUCCUUUCCACUGGCAGGAAAUAGCAACGGUUGCGUUUAUUGAGUGGACAGUCAGUCGGAAUACCUUGGUGACUUUUUGGCUAACAACUUAGAAAUGAAAGUAGCUGACAGCUUACUGCUUUCUCGCAUAGGUUCAUUUGUCUUAGUUAGCAAUGAGAUGGUCACCUGCGCGCCCUCUCCCACCUUCCGACGCAUUGACUUUAUCUUGACACCGGGUUCAGGCGAGGUACAGGGAGAGAGUGUGGUGGCUGCUGCGCAAGUCCACUGCCACUGUAAACUUGUUCACACACAAGUCACCGCGAUUUUUUUCCGAAAUGAAUUGCCUCUUCUUCAAUCUCAUCGCGCUAAUCAGUGGCGACGUCGUUAGCCCUUAACAGCAUUUACUUUGUUGACUUGUAGCUAGCAAAAUAUGUGACCAGACACGGAAAUAUGGACCACCCCCAGUACUACGGGCAACCUAGCGCUAAGUUAGAAAGUAGUUUCUAUUCACGCUUCCUGAUUGCAACUCUAACCUUAACGCUUACCCAAACCCUAACCUAAUCCUAAGCAACUGGCCAUCCUAACCCUGGUAAUAACCUUAAUUCUAACUCUUACCCCAUCGUGCAUUCGUUAUCUUGUGCGAACUCUAAUGUUAGUGUGGAAUGCCAUGUGGUCUGCAUCUUGAGGGUUACUGAUUGUACAUAACAAACUCUGAAGCCGAGAUUACUUACUGGGACUGAAACAUCGCACCCAAUUGGUUUACGUUCUGGUCUCACGUCUUCUCUGUCUGGCGAGUGUUCAUUACUGACAGAAAUAAGCAAAGACUCUAAAAGGACUGCAUCCAACGAUGUUUGUCUUCCAGGGGAAAUUGUUUGACAGUGUAGAGGAAUAAGUACCUCCCUCCGCACAACAGGUGGUUUUUCGCCAAAUUUUAGGUAGGUUAAGGUUACUGUUGGGAUUAUUAAUGUUAAGAGAGGGUUAGGGUUUUGAGGGUUAUUGUUAGGGUCUGGGUCAAAAGUGGUAUAAGAACACUGGAAGAGAUGCCCCCUUGGAAUUUGGGAAAGACCAUCUGUAGUAGGAGGAAGUACUUACUCCUGUGUUCAAAAACUGUUCCUAAUCUGCAAUUACUCGUGGCUGUACGAUCGCUUUUGUAAACUCUGACGUGGCGCUCCCUUGUGCUCCAACCACAAUCUAACCGAAUGUGUAAGCACUAUUGCUGCAGGAGUUUGAAUAUUCCUGGUCACAGUUGACAGUGCAUGUACCCCUGGGACGGAGGCAGAGCUGGGGACUUUUAACCAACGGAAGUUCUCCCGCCAUCUCUCUCGCUAUAAACGGCUGACAGUAAAUAGUACUCUGAGGCGAAUUGUCCCAGUCUGCCCUCUCUUUAAUAAAAAUCCGUCGGAUUUGACCAAGUGCCCGCUUUCUAUUCAAUUUCCAGCUGGACAUGAGCGUAUGUACUUCCGUUUUAACCGUAGCCUUGGGCUAAAUUCGAGGGGUUUAGGACUAACGUUAGGAUCAGGGAUAGCGCUGGAGUUAUAGUCCGGGCUGAGAGGAAUAAGGUUGCGAUGGAAGUUAGGAUACGGCAAUAGGUAACCCCUGGCACUCAGCGCAAAGCGACCUGUAAUACGGGGAUGUAUCCAGUUUCCCACUGGGAGGAACGAAUAUUUCAUACGUGUAAGUCUAGUUUCUUCAGCUGUAAACAUGCCAAAAUAGGCAUCUUGGAUGGCGAUAGCGUGUGUUUCGGUGGCUGGGUUUGAUCGCCCCUGAAAGCAUCUGUAAAGUGCCCAGAAGGUUUCACUCGAUGUCAAAAGCCACAUGCGCGCUCAGGGAUCAGACAUCAGUAGAUCGGGUCUCUCAAGGGGGAACAUUUUCACAUUGGCUCCAGUGGUCAUGCUGCGUCCUCCUCCUGUGGCCUUUACGACACUCUCACGCAUAUAAGAUGGGAGUCGACCUCUUUGAAAGCCUGGUACAUUCUGCGGGAAUCAGAUCUUGUGUGUCACGUAUAAACGGCCUGUCUAGCUUUAUCAGCCACUGCGUCCGAGGCCAUUUCCGGCCGUUUUGGUGUUAUCUUGCUAUCAGAAUCAGGUGGGUGGGUGUAUGGGAGAGGCUGUGCAAAUCUGCCCCACCAUAAAUUAAUUCACGGCUCACAUCAUGGAUGCUGCGUCCGCGCCGUUGCGUAUACGGUGGACACCUUGAAGAAGGAGACACGAUCGCUGGGACAAGAGCUUUAUUAGCCUGACUUUUCGGAUUCCCGCUCGAAUCCAUCAUCGGAGACAAAAGUAGAUACGUAUCUCUUCUAUUGAUAGUGAACAUCCUUGUCUACGAUGUUCCAAGUAUUUUCAGUAAUCAGAAGGUUUUACUGUCCUAGCCGCUGCUUCGGGGUAGAGCCUAAUCAUCCCCGUCGGUUAGCAAACUGCGGUAGUUAGUCCACACGUCAUCAGCUGGGCGAAUAAGACGCCUACAUUUUUCCAACCAACCUUACAAUUUCGACUAAAUUUGGAAAUCUUUUGUAAGGAUUAUCAGCUGCUUAAGAUCCGUCGUCGUUCAAACUGACUUGCACAAGGUCUUUCGAAAUAAGACAAAUAUGAGUAAACAUCGUCUAAUUCAAAAGGGCGAAUUUUGGUUAUUGUACGUCCCUUUGUUCCUCGCGCAGAGAAUUUUGUGAUGUUCAAAUACCAUUCGUCUUCAAAUUUCAAUUUUUGUAAAAAAAAUAUAUUAUUUUGGUCCUGGAUUUCCCCAACCUAUUAGUAACGUCUUCACCACAUGGUUUUUAGUAAAUAGCUGAUGCAAACAUAACCAAUCCAGCUGAGGUAUUCCCAUCACUUAAACCCGUGCUAGCAACAUUGCAAAACCCAUGAAAAAUUUACCACCCAAAGGAAUUACCUGCAUCGUGUUUUAAACCUUACCAAGAGGAAACAUGAUCACAAGUGAAUUCUGGCAUGGCAGCCGGUUUCCUCUUGACUGCACAUCAUCCUUCAAAGUGCAUAUUGUCUGUUGCAACUGAAAAACUAAUCAGUUUUCCGAGAGUGAGUGCACAAAGCACUUUCAUUUCUUUUACGUUGCAUAAUGGCAAUAAUUGGAUUACUAGUGUCGCAUAUCAUUCGUUGGUCGUUUUGUUCUGCUGAACUAUGCACAGCGCGACGCAUAUCUAUUGUAAUAUGGUAUUGAAAACGGAGUGGUCAUUUUUAAGGAAAAUAUAUCGAUGCUCGAAAUGCUUUCGGAGGGCAAAAGGUGAAGGAUUUUCAUGGAGAAAUAAAGUUUGAAUCUGGUGUACUUUUUAGCAAAAUACAUCAGACAAAAUAAUAGUUGUUGCAGUCGUCUUCUGAAAGUAAAUGAAAAACAUGCAUUCCGUGUAUGCAUUCAACUACAGUCAGUUUCCUGUGCUAUCAAAUUUUAACCAAAAUUUUGAAAUGCGUUUUCGGCGAAACAAGGAUUACCCUGGUAAUUUUCUGACCACGUUCAAACAUAUCCUUUCUUGUGCUGAUUUGGUAACAAGCCAUCUCUUCCUCAAAUGUAAUACUCAAACAAGUGUAAUUUUUGGUUUAAAAUAGUUUGCAGUCAUUGAAUUUUUUAAGACCCUGAAAUAUCCAUUCAACGGCGUCAUAUCGAUUCGUUUAUUAAUGCUGCUUAUGAAACAUGCUGCCGUUACACAUUCAUUACAAAUUCUUACGAGUCCUCCAUGGUUUGUUCCUAACAACUCAGACAGCUUAUGAUUUUCCUUAGAUAGAAAGGAUAUAGCAUGAUAUUUGAAAACCUCGAAAGUAAAUUGGGUUCAAAGUAUGUGAUACUUGAAACCUGAAGUAUAAGAUUUCAAAAAAGCAUGAUUUGCCACCAACUGUAUACAAGGAGGGAUGCUUUAAGCAUGCUUUUUGUUUAUGAACAUUUGCAUUUUAAGGACACCAAAAAUCAAGGUAGCAAGUGAAUUACCUAAGUAGUCAUUUUCAUCCUGCGCUGGUAUUGCAGGCUGCCGAUAAGAAGUACAUUUAAAAUCCGAUAUUUUAGCAUGAUCAAAAUAUCUCGGGACAAUCUCUUUGAUAAUCGACAUUACAACCACGUUUAAAGCAUCCUUCAAUAUCGAAAAUGCAUUCCAAAAUAUUGAUUAUUAUGCGACGGAACUGGUCAUUGACUGCAAUUUCCAGUGUCAUUUGCACCAAUGACUGGGGAAUUUCGAGUCGAAAACUUGUGCUUAUGUCCCAUAUGGCUUAUAAUCGUACAUAACGCACUAUCUGGCCACGUAUGGAAUAAUUUUGAUUAUUCUUUCAGCAGUUUUGUAUGUGUACCAUAUUUGGUCUCUACAAUUUAAUUCGCUUUCAUCUCUAACCGCCAAAAUGCGCAUUACAGUGAUUUUUCGUAGUGAAGUUUACCUAUCACUUAUACGUGUGAAUCUCAUUUAUUCAAAGCGCACCUGAUUCAUUCUUCAUCGGCAAAAGGCCGAAGACUCCCCGCUCCACCUUCUUCUCCUCCUCCUCAACAACAUCCUCAACGGAGACUGUAUUCCCCGGAAGCCGACCUUAGUGCGACAUACGAUCUUGUAUCCAACAGCGGACGAACUAGGACAGGUAAGACGCCCCUUCCAGCUGGUUGAGCUUCGUAAGCAGCAUCAUCUAUUGCUGCUUUGUUUUAGGCCACCUUUCCUCCACAAACGCUUGAGGCAUCGCUCCUCCCCGAUCAUCAUCAACGGGAGAUGUGCGCGCACGAUUUCAAGCAUCAGCAGCAGCGUACAUUUUAGACUUUUAUUUCAGAACUUGUAAGAUAAGCUGCGAUCGCAGUGGCUGAUAAGUGUUCAUUGUUCGUCCAGGGCACGGGUUCGAUGGUGAACAAAGAAAAAGCUCAUGGUUUGGGAAUUUUGCGACGUUCUGAUGCUCAGAGAUAACCGCAGAACGGCAAGACCUAUCUGCGAUUUUGCAUCUUAAUUCAGCAUUUUCAUAUAAACCGCGGCAUUUAGAACUCUGGGGAUACUUUUAGCAAGCAAAAAAACUUAGACUCGAUUCACGGUGCUUUCACUUUUUAUUUCAGACAUCAGAUAUAAAUUCUCAGGAGAGCUUGCAGUGUUUCUCAUAUCAGUCAAAUAAAAGAAAAUUGUUUGCGGUGAAUUUUGUUUGAAGAAUGAAACGAGUUGCGGUCUUUAUUCGAACGCAGGCAGUCGAAAAAUCAAUACAGCCAAUUCAUGAAUUAAAAUCUGAUCAUCGUCUCGUCCACGCAAAUAGAAUUCUCUAUCGGAUCAUCUAAAUGGCGCUUAUUAGUCUGAUUUAACUUAGUAUGCACCCUAGAAAAUAUUCUUAUGAAAUUAUGUAGACAUUUAGAGGUUCAUAGAAUAAUACCGUGAGCAGGCAGUGCACUAGAGGACGAUAAUUUCAGCGGGGGCAUAAACGUGUGCAUGAUUUUCAAAAAAGGUGCAUACCUCGGCUGCUGAUAGGUUCGGUUUUUAGCCUUUCUUUUGUAUUUGAUUCACUGGAAAUAAUGCUGGUAGCCAGGCUCAGCUUUACAGGGGAAUGUAGGCCCGGAUUCUUCACCGACCAGGUUACGGAGCAUGCUUCAAUUUAUAGUGUGACAACCUGUAAUGACAACGGAAAGUGGAUAAGUACUGCAGCACUUUUCACAUUUUGGAAGACUUUUAGAUGAAAGAAUCUGUUUCAAAAGAACCCAGUUACCUAAUUUUUUCCUCCUAAACACUGUUUAAACCUGCUCCAUCGUGCGCAAUCCAGACUUGUUUGGGCGGCUGUUUGACCGUGUCUGCGACUGCGCUCUCUCCCACCUCCGGUCUUUUUGACUCUUUUGUGACACGGAGUUCAGGUGGGUGAGGGAGAAGGGAGUGUGGUAGGUGCUGCGUAAGUCUGCCAUCACUAUAAACCAUCUCACCGUCUUUGCCUCCACUUGCCCUUCGGACAAACAGGGGUUAUCGUCGUCAACUACUGGUCUCGUUGAUUUGGGGGAAAUAAAAGGACUUUGCGCUUUCUCAGUCGACUUUAUGAAAGCGAAAUUUUCCCGUCAUUUUGGUGAUAUUUUUCGAAGUAUGCAAUUAACGAAUAAUCUUUUGCAGAAAAAAAAGAUUACUGCCUGUUUCCGGUUUUUCGCCGUUUUCAACUGAAAUUCGAACUCUGGCUAAUUUUGUCUCCAAGCAACGCCCUGGCCACUGCACAUUAUUGGUCGGACCCCCCGGCUGCAGUAGGCUGCACGAUCUCGUUUUCCAGGCAAAACAUAAAUGCAUCUUCGCGUGCCGCGACCCGGACAGAUUAGUAGAUGCCAUGUCCCAUAUAAAAACGAAUGCGUUAAAUUAUUAAAACUGCCCGAGUAAGUACUACAGAUACUGGCAGCCUAUUAGUAUUUUGAUGUAGAACUCACGUUAUACUUCCUAUUUCUAUGAGUCUUGGCGGUAGUUAUCAGUAGAUUUGUAAAAUAAACAAGUUAAUUCAAGAAAUGGUCGAAAACAAAACUGACAAAACGAUAGCUUUCGACUAUAUUUGUAUAACUACUAGUAAAUAACAGUCUAAAGGUCAUUUAAUAAGGUCUAUUUCUUUGGCGAUGCGAAAAUCAAUGUUGCCCUGUGCCGCGAUGCAUUGUGCGGGUAAUGCUUUCGUGGCUUGUGUCUCUAUUGAUUUAUUUUUGGCGGGACUUUUGAAGCAUCUACUUCAAUCACAGCCAAUUUGCAGUUGGAAAUUGUGGGUAUUUUAAUAAAAUAAGCACUUGGACACGUGAAGCCGUCGAAAAAACGCAUGAGAAAAAAAAACAAUAAAAAGAGAAUAAUCAAAGUUUGACCUGAGGAACUGGUUUAUCCUACUUUCAUAAGGUAAGCGUCAGUCUAAAAUACAUAAACUCAGAUCUAACUGAGUACCAGAGUUGAUUAGUCACAGGGAAUAUUAUUUUGUUAAUUUUUUUGUUACAGACAAGUUAAUUUACCACCGUCAUGAGAGCGCACUUGCGAUGUGCAUCCGUCUUGGUUUAUCUCUAGGGGGACUUUCGAAGCCCCUAACUCGCUCCUGCCUCUCACAACUACAAUGUUGCAGUGACCAAGCAAGAUCCUACUUAGCAGUUGGUCUGCGGAGAGCGUAUGAAAUGGUUGGAUUCACGUCGUUGUGUGCCGCUCACCUGCUGAUGUCCAUAUGCACGUAAAACCGGACUUGGGGCGGUCUUGACCGGAUUUGUCGUCGAAGCUGCAUGCCCUUUUGACCUUUAGUAGAAGUUACCCUGAGCGGUCCACCUGUUAAGACAGUUUUUUUAACUUUGAGCUUGUCGAAACAUGCUACUGCUUAUGGCCGUGCGCUCUAAAGGGCACGGAACUUUUUGCAACUUCCCAGAAUACGACUUCAACUGGAAACAAUUUCACAACUAACCUCGAAAUGCUUAUGAGUGUAUCUUAGUGCGAAAAGGUAGGCAACUAGAAGAAUCCUAAAUAACCUCUCAUUUAGGGCGGUUGUUUGAACCACCUUUGCUAGGACUAGAUGUCGUGCACUAACAGCUGGCAGUGACGACAGGCCGUCUCGCCAGGCGAGUGGCCCCCUUUGGGGCUGCUUUUAGCUCCGACGCGGGCUACACGCGCGGGCCUGAGCCUUGUCCGCCAGCGACCAAUCAGCGCUUCUUUUGCCAAGCAUUUGCUACGACAAGGCUAAGUCACACGCAGGUCAAGCAAUCGAUUGGUAAGGGGCGUUUAGGUGAUUAAAGUUAGCAUGAGUAAUCGGCCGGAGGACACCUCUUCUCUAGCGAACCAACUCUCGCAACCACUUAUCAUAGUCUCCAUUGGAAAGGAAUCAAUUCCUGUCUGUUGGUCACUUCUCUUUCGUUAUUUCAAGCUCCGAAGGUUUUCUUUGCCUAGGGCUUAAUGUUCUUCCUCCUAAAUCCCAACCUUCAACAUUGCAGCUUCUCUUUUUAUAGUUUUUCUAAACAGCCAAGCAUCUUGGAGGUCCUAACUCCCAAAUGUAAAUUUAGAAAUCUGCUACCAUUUCCACGAGAGGACAUCAUGAAGCUUACCAUUUCUAAAUAUCCUUUUCUGCAGUCCUCCCUCCUCUUAAACGGGCUAGGCAACUCUUAUCUAUGUUGAUAAUAAUAUACGUUCAUUCGAUUAAGAAUCCAUAAAUAUCUUAACUGUAUUACUCCUUUUAGGCCGAAAUAUUUCGUAGCUUAUAUGCUGCCUAUAAGCAAAUGCAAUUAUUUCUUCAGUGGAUAGGUAAGGCUGGCUAGUUUAAGCCGCGAUCCUAACAGCUGACUGGAAACAUUUUCGUCGCGACACCAGCAUCUCGUGUUGACCAAAUACCCUUUAGUUCGAAAUCUAGGUCAUCCAAACCGGAGGCCGAUUGUGGUUGACUGAAGAUGGUUAGUGAACCACGAAUCGCCACCCCAGUCUUUGUCGGCAUUUCUUCCGGUACAGUUAGAGAUUGUAUUCUCCACGCACAAAAAUGGCAGCCCCUACGGGGAUUUGGGCCUCAACCGAAAACAACUGCAUGAAUCGUUAUCGGGUUCUAUGAAGUCUCACGUGUUUCCCUCCUCACUGGCUCCUUUUAUUGACAACUUCAGGAGCCCCCCAGAUGGCCACUGCUGCGGAAGCUCGACUGUUUGAAGAAGCAAGUUCUGACGAAGGUGACAUCUUCGAGGACCUACUGCCUGCAGACAUGUGGGAUUGUGAGGACGAUCCGCUGCAGUCAUCCCGAUGAGGCACAACCCCUCCGAAGAUUACCUCACCAAAGUCCAAAUCGAUGUGUAGGAUUGAGACUGACCAGCUGGGAUGAGAUGACGCCCUUCCGUCACUCUUUUCACACUUGUUUAAUCGAGUCUACGAACGGUUUUCUUUUUUAUGAGAAAUUACCAAGGCUUCAGUUGGACCAUUUCACUCUCUCCCUCUCUCUCACACACACAACACAAAAAUAGCAACAUCCUUUAGUUGGCAUUUUUAAUAACUAACUAAUUCAAUUAUUUUCCCUCAGCUGUAGUGCUUUUCCCCUGAAAUCUUUAAAAGUCGCCAAUUGCUCUCCUUUUUAAGCUUAGGUCAUUCGAAAAUGCACGCAUGAAGCCGAACCCUUCAGUCUAUUUAGGUUUUUUAUAAUUUCAACAUUAGACUGACUGGCUCGAUUUUCUUUGCCGCAUCCUAACUGGUUAAAAUGCUUACGGCGUCGACCAACUUUUGUCUGACUAGGGUGGGGUUUGGGGACUUGAAUGACAUUUUUGUUGCGAUUUCGGGAGUUGAUACCGAAGUACUUCCAACAAAAGCUAAUACUCGGGAAGACUUUUUUACAUUUAGCAGAUAUUCUUUCGGUGAAGAGUUUUUGUUAUCAUGAAGAGGACGUUCAUAGAUUUGUUUACAAUUGGCAAUAUUCGUGUCCUCUUACACCUUCAAAUUUUAAUCCUCAGUACUCGCGAACACUCGUAUUACGCGUUAGGUAAUAAUAUGGUAAUCACUCGUAUCCUUAGCAGGGGGGGGUAAAACACACUUGUGCCUACACAGAGUAAAAUUCCGGCUUUGUCAGGGAUUAUCGUACUGUAUUCAGCGGCAUUUGUUCAGUUAAGAUGAACAGCGGCAAGAGUUUCAGAGGGGUCAUCCGAUGAGGAAGACAAUAACGAUUUGACGACUUAAUUAACUGAGUACUGGUGAAAAUAGGUAGGUCUGCUAUACAGUGUCUGGGCAAAUACUGAAACAGUAAUCGAAUCAGACCUUAUUAAUUCGCUGACAUCGCGCUUAUCGGUUUUGUGCUGUUUACACUGCUUAGCUUAUUUGCUAUCGGCCAUGUCGUGUGGUAGCGAUGUCGGUAAUUUCCGUGCGGUAAGUCGGUACGCAGGACGUGGGCAGUAAAACAAGGAUAUCGGCCGUAAGUAAGACUGCAUUUGUAUAAUUUUAUUGAAGAAAUAUCCUGCGAAGGAUGGGCUGAGAGGUGAAGCUACAACGUAUAGUUUUCUUAGAUGUGAGGCGGUAGUAGUAAUAGUAGUAGUAGUUGUUGUAGUAGUAUUAGUAGUAGUAAUGGUUAAGAAGAAGAAGAAGAAGAUGAUGAUGAUGAUGAUGAUGAGGAUGAUGAUGAUGAUGAUGAUGAUGAUGAUGAUGAUGAUGAUGAUGAUGAUGAUGAUGAUGAUGAUGAUGAUGAUGAUGAUGAUGAUGAUGAUGAUGAUGAUGAUGAUGAUGAUGAUGAUGAUGAUGAUGAUGAUGAUGAUGAUGAUGAUGAUGAUGAUGAUGAUGAUGAUGAUGAUGAUGAUGAUGAUGAUGAUGAUGAUGAUGAUGAUGAUGAUGAUGAUGAAAGAAGACCGAAUUAA